AUGGCUGUCGCUAAGGGUACAAAAGAAACAAUAAAAUGUACCCCGGAAUACAUGAAGGUUACUAUACCUAUGGAUGGAGACAGAAAAAUAUCAUAUCUAGAUCAGUUGAAAGAAUACUCCCCAUGCCAACCUGUAAUGGAGGGAGGGGCUGCAACUUAUAUGCUGGACUUACAGGAUUACCCCAAAUGCGCAGUCACGAGAAUUCUGAAUAAAAUAACGGGUACAAGAACUUAUUAUCACAAAAUUGUGAUAGAAACACUAACAGGCGAUCGCGAGACGGUCUUAGUGCGGUGUACCGUCAGCAACAAACUCCAUGCACUGUCGAGGCGAGCUGUCGAACCCUUUCCGUUAGAUUUUAACGAACCAGAUGUUUUAAAUAUAACAAGAUACGAAGAAGGCCGAGCGCCAGAACCAAUAUUGGGGGCAGUCGUCAAACAAAAUGGAAAACAGGUGUCUGGCGAGAUAUCUGUGAGUCCGGGGACACCGUUGUCUAUGGAGAUCUUUCUGGACAACUCAUCAGCACCGGUUUAUGGACUCCUGGUCAGCUACAUGCACGUCACGGACACGGGAAAACAACAGGAGACCAUCAUAUUUAAUGGCUGUUCAAUUGAUCCGUACCUCUUCGAUAACUUCCAAACUAUUGAUGGAGAUAAUUUAACAGCCAAGUUCCGUGCUUUUAAAUUCCCUGACACCACUUACGUCCAGUUCAAAGGAACUGUCACUGUGUGUUUGGACAAAUGUCAAGGGGUACAGUGCAGCAACGGUGUAACGGCGUACGGAAGGAGGAGACGUGAAGUGGCUUCACGGGCCAACAGUAACAAAGUGUACGAGGUCUCACUCACGACUUUCAUAAAAGUGGAUUACUUGGAUGGAGACAGAGAAGCUGAGGACGUUUACGCGCUACUAAAGAACUUAAAAGUAGCAAAUCAAAUGCUCGGAGACAGCGAAGGAUCCUCAGCCCCAGUAACUCAACGAACACCAGACAAUCAAAUAAUAUACUUACAAUCGUCGACCGCCAGUGUUGCCACAUUCAGUAUUCUACUAUUCUUGAUAAGUAUCUUAGUAUUGUUUAAAUAA